CACAAAAAUAGAAAUCAUUAUUCCCCCAAAUUCAAAACAUCACUCAGACCUAACUUCGACCUACUUCGUCGUCUCUCAUCCUCUCUGAUCUCAUCCACAUUUCUUCCUUUUCAUCUUCUUUCUCCGAAUCACUGAAUCUCAUUUUCUAGCUUUGAUUUUUGAGAGAUUUCUGGUUAAAAAUGGAGAGUAACAGUAGUGGAAGGAAAAGAAGAUAUGAAGAAGUAGAAGAUGGAGAGGAAGAAGUUCGCAAGGUUUAUAAGUUCAGAGUGUUAUUACCGAAUGGACUUAGUGUUGGACUAACACUGGAACAAUUGAAUGAUCAGAUGACUGUGGAGAAGUUUCUGGAACAUGUUAGGAUAGAGUACGUGAGGAAUCUGACGGAUAGUAGGGAUGAAACUGUGAAGAAGAAAUCGAAGAGGAAGAUUGAUUGGAUGUAUGAGAGGUUGUAUUUACAAGAUGUUGUUGAUGAUUAUAAGUGGAGAGAUAGGAUCUUUUUCGGACGGUAUGAGCAGAAACAAUGGAUUCUGUUGAGACUCAAUGAUGGAACAGAGAAUCCGGCAAACAAAUUUGAGAACAUGUGGGAUGUUACUCCAAAUACAUCAAAGCUUCCAGAUUCCUAUACGUUCUUGACUGCUCUUGCCGACUUAAUUGAUAAUUCCCUGCAAGCAGUAUGGUCGAAUAACGGUAAUGAGAGGCGAAUGAUUAGCGUGGUUGUAAAAGAUGAUGCGAUUUUAAUAGCUGAUACCGGGCCGGGGAUGGAUGGUGUUGGUGAAAAUUCUAUAGCCAAGUGGGGUAAAACGGGUUUGGCGCUUCAUAGCUCAUCUAGAAGACAAGCUAUAGGUGGGAAGCCUCCAUAUUUGAAGCCCUUUUUUGGUAUGUUUGGCUAUGGAGGACCUGUUGCAUCAAUGCGUUUAGGGAGGCACACUAUAGUUUCGUCAAAGAUGAAGAACUCCAAUAAAGUUUACGUGUUGCAUAUAAAGAGGGAGGCUUUGCUGCAUAGCUCUAGUGGAAAGAGUUGGAAGAUUUCUGGGGGAUUAAGGGACCCCUUAGACGAUGAAUUAAGUUCUUCACCUCAUGGGAGCUUUACCAAGGUAGAAAUUCUUCAACCGGAACGAACUCCAAUAAAUGUCUUUCGGCUCCAAUGCAGAUUAAAAGACAUAUAUUUUCCAUACAUUCAGUAUGAUGAGCUUAUGACGGGCAAAACCCGCAGGCCAGUGGAGUUUCAGGUUAAUGGUGAAGAUUUAGCUGAAAUCGAGGGGGGAGAAGUGGCCAUUACAAACUUGCAUUCAUGUAAUGGUCCUGAGUUUGUUCUCCAGCUUCAUUUUUCAUAUGAGAGUGGUGGGACAUCAAGAAGCCCAGGUUCAAGGUUAGUCGAAGCUAAUGCCAGACUGAAAUUCGUCUACUUUCCUGUUCGUGAGGGUAAAGAAAGCAUUGAUAGGAUUUUGGAGAAGCUAGAAGCUGAUAAAUGUGGCAUUUCUGAAAAUUUUGACACUUUCUGUCGCGUAUCCAUUCGUCGGCUAGGUCGUCUUCUUCCAGAUGCUCGUUGGCCAAGGCUUCCUUUCAUGGACCUUGAACACAGAACGGGAGAUAAGGCAGAAUUGUUGAGGAGAUGUAGCUUGAGAGUGAAAUGCUUAGUAGAUACAGACGCUGGCUUCAAUCCUACUCCUCCUAAGAAUGAUUUAGCGCCACAACAUCGAUUUACUACUGCUUUGAAGAACGUGGGUUGCAAACUGCUUGAGAAGGAUGGAAUUAAGCUUGAAAUACACAGAGAUCAAAAGGCUUUGAGUCUAUUACAACUCGAGGAGGAGUAUGAAAAAUGGGUACUGCAAAUGCAUGACGCAUAUGACCAGGAACUUGGUUGUGGUCAAGAUCAUCCUGUUCUUGUGGUGAAUCCAGCCAAUAAAAAGGGGCUUGGUAUCUCUUCCGAUGUUAUAAGAGUGCACAAGUUUAUAAAAAGGAAAGGUCAAUCCUGGAAAGCUGGUAAUUUUAUCAAAAUUAUUCCCCGGGACAAGCAAGAAAAAAUCUACGCAACCUUAGAGUUCAUCUUGUUAGAAGGGUUUGAAGGGGAUGCUGGUGGAGAGGCGCGCCUUAUAUGCAGACCAAUUGAAGUUCCAGCUGAGAAAGGCUGCUUGCUCAAAGUUGAUGAUAAAAGUUCCUAUUUGGAUGUAAAACGCUCAUUAUCGUUCCCAGUCAAUGUGAUUGAUUCUGGAGAGUGUUCCAAGAUGGAUCCUGCUGAGUGGAACCACCAACUUGGGAGGUUGCAGCUAAAAGCUCCUUCAAAGAUUGACCUACAUAGUCCCCAACAUCGCCAGCAGCCGAAGAUUGAUGGAAUCUGUACAGACUCCAGCGAGAUAAAAUGUCAGAAAACAUCACUUGUCAAGUCGCGUAAUAAUGCCUCACAAUGGAGACUAAGUGAUGAAAUUAGUCUUUCAUCAUGUAAUCUAAGGGUUGGCUCAUAUUUUCCACCACUGUUCAUUGAGUGCUACGAUGAACACGAUAACCACAUACAAUUCCCGUCUAUUCCUGAAUUAGAAGUUGCAGUCACAUCCCGCUCAUGCCGCCAAGGGACUAUGAUCAUCCAUGUUGACAAUCCGAAGGUCAAAUUUAUAAACAAGAGAAUGGUUCUCCAAGUUUCGGAUAUUUUAAUUGAAGGAGGAGACCUGGACAAGAUUCGACCCGAGUACGAAGCAUCUUUGGGGAUAAGUUGCUCACAUGAUAAGCUGUUAUCUGUGACCAUUCCAUUUACUGUUCACCCUGGAUCCUUGCAUCAUGUCGAGGCAUUUAUCCCAGAUCUAGGGAAAGAGUUGCUUCCUGGAGAUGUAAUUGAGAAAGUGCUGUUAGAGAUGUACGAUAGUUAUGGUAAUCAUGUUCAAGAAGGGAUUGAAGUUAUAUUAAAUGUGAAGGGAUUUUGCUUUCAAGAUAAUGCUGGUCCUAAGCGGAAGGUGGAUGCUGAAGGAUCUAUCAUUCUUAAUGGAAUCCUGAAGGUCACCGGGAGCUAUGGAGAAACUGCUUUGUUUUCUGUUGAACACGAGGAACAAUUGCUUUUUGAGAAAGAAGUCCAAAUUGGCAGAAGAGAGCUGAGAUUACUGUCCACGUUACCUGGUAAUUGUGUUGCUGGUUCACGACUAGACAGUCUCAUGUUUGGAGUUGUUCGUUCAGAUGGAACUGUUGAUGAAACAAUACAUGAUGAUUUUCUAUCUAACCGUUCACAUACCCUGAUACUAAGAUCAGCAUCCUCAGUAUUAGAUGAUAUUGAGUACACAUUUCAGCAAGGGAUGUGUCUUGUGGCUUCCAUAUUUGUUCCUCUAGAACCAGGGAUUUUCAGUUUUGAGGCUGCUCAUUCUUGCAACCCUGAACUUGUCGUGCUUGUUAAGGUGAAUGUUGUCCAAACUCCAACUAUGGAGGUCAAUUUGGCUGAGCAUGAGGAUGUGCCAUUCGAAAGUCCCAAUGGAAGGAUGGUACACUCUCAGGAGGAAUUUGUCUCUGCUUCAUUAACGGCUGAGCAUGAGGAUGUGCCAUUCCAAAGUCCCAAUGGAAGGAUGGUACACUCUCAGGAGGAAUCUGCCUCUGCUUCGUUAAUGGCUGAGCACAAGGAUGUGCAAUUCCAAAGUCCCAAUGGAAGGAUGGUACCCUCUCAGGAGGAAUCUGCCUCUGCUUUGUUAAUGGCUGAGCACAAGGACGUGCAAUUCCAAAGUCCCAAUGGAAGGAUGGUACCCUCUCAGGAGGAAUCUGCCUCUGUUUUGUUAAACUACAAUCUCAGUGACGUGAAGGAACUUCGCUCUGAUGUUGAAAGGAUUAGAACAUUUAUUGGAGAGCAAGGAAAGAAUCUGGAAGCGCUCAAAGAAAAGAAGACAUGUAUUGUACAAGAAAUAUCUGAACUGCAAGAUUUAUUUGAGCAUGAAACAACUAGCCAGUCGGGCAACUUUGUGACCGACAAAGAGGUUAUUAUCAGUCAAAUCAAAAAGAACAAUACAGCUGCUUCAGUUUUGUGCACACUUCCACCUCGCUUACAGUCUAUGCUGCCAGGGAUAGUAGGCAUUGUUGCUCUGCUAGGAUCAGUUAACACGGAUAGCCUAAGCAGGAUGUUGGCGGAGUAUUUGGGUGAAGACCUCAUGCUUGCAGUGGUGUGCAAGUCCUCUGCUAAUGCACGUCGUCUCGAAAAUUAUAAAAAAAGUGGAGAAAUAGAUCCUGCUGGUGGUUUGCAUCUAUUGGCAGCUGAGCUCGGAAGCACGAUAGAUUGUGGGUUUCUUGCUAUAUGUCUGGAGGACCUCUGUCCAUACAGUGGAGAGUCUAAAAGCAAUGAUCCACAGAAAAAGCUUGACUUGAUAGAUCCACCGGGAGAGACUCCAUCAGGGUUUUUAGGGUACGCUGUCAACAUGGUCAAUAUAGACAUCCAGCAUUUGCAUACAAAAACAAGUAAAGGAUAUGAUCUUCGACAGACCUUGUUCUAUAAUCUAUUUGGAGAGGUCCAAGUUUAUGGAACAAGGAAGCAAAUGUACCAGGCACAUGGAUAUAUAAAGGAGGGAGCAAUAUCUUUGGAUGGUGGCAUUAUAAAAGGCAGGGGCGUCGUGGCUCUCGGACCACAGAAGGAGCCUAAUGUCAGAUUUCCGGUAGUGAACUUUGAAAGUCAUCAACAACAGAUAGAUCCUGGCAUUGCUAAGAAGUUGGAAGAGAAAAAGCUGGAGUUGGGUGAAAUGUCAGUUGAAUUGGCCAAGGUGUCUAAAGAACUUGACAAGGCAAAGAAACAGGUUGGAAAAAAGAUGAAACGCCUAACGAGGCGUUGCGAAGAGUUGGAACCGUUUACAGAACUUCUCCCAGGUGAUGAAGCUAAAAAGUUGGCCCGACAGCUGUUCUAAACAAAUCAAAACUUUCUAGAUACACAAAGAUUUAAUAAUUUUGUAAAUGUUGCAAGAAAAAUGUAAAUAUUUUUUUGUGGGUAAAAACAUCUAAUGCCCGCUCUCAAAGCUGUAAAUGUAAAACUGACUGAGAGAUUACAUACCUCGAUCUGACUGAGAUGCAAUAGUACGUACGUAGUUUUUAGCUUUUUGUUUCA